CUUAUAAGAACUGUGAUGGCUCCCUGUACAUCUUCCAGUUCAGCAAUUUCGCCUGCUUUAAAGGAGGUCAAAAUGAAGUUCUGGCUGGUAUUUGCUUUGUUUGGACUUCUCGCCAUUACGGUGGGUGUGCAUGCAGAGGAAGGAACAGCAGAACCAGAGCCUUCCCCAGAGGGUACUGCUGAGCCUUCCCCACACGAAUCUGCACCCUCACAGGAAGCUUCUGCAGAGCCCACACCAGAACCAGUUGCCACAAAUGAGGACGAUGUAGAGGAUGUAGGUGAGGAGGUAGAGAAUGAAAUUGAUGAAGUAGAGGAUAAGGAAGGAGAGGAGAUAGUGGAUGAGUAUAUAGAGGAGGAGGAAACUGUAGAGUUGGUGGAAGGAGAGCCGGAAGCGCCUUCCACAGAGGCUCGGGACUCCACGACACCUGGUAGUGCUUCCCAGGCUGGCUUGUAUCUUCCAUCUCUCUUAUUUAGUGCCCUUGUGCUAAUCAAGUUUGCUCACUGAGAAUUUCCAUCCUUGAGUAUCAUCGAAAGGCCUUAUAUAUGUUAUCAAAAAUAAGAACUUGAUUGGUAGCUCGAAAUCAGAGUUUUGAAAAUUGCCUUUGAAAGUUUUGUUUUAACAAAAUUGCACGAUUACGAAGAACUAAUUCUGAAGAUUUUACAUUGCACGAUUCUAUGGUUGGGAGGGUGUAAUGCCAACAGUUGUGUGAACUUGAAAGAUACCUACUUAGUGAAAUGUCCAAAUAAGUAAAGGCUUGAUCUGUAAACUUUGUCCACAUUUUUUUUUUUUUUUUAGUUGCCUGUUAAUGAGACUGCUGAGUACAGCUGUUGUUGUGAGGAGUAUGUGAAGCAUUACAAAUUGGAUGACAUUUUUUAAAAGACCAUGUGGUCAAACUUGUUAAUAUACAUAAAAAUAAAGGCAGAUUGAAAGUACAGUACCUUGUCUUGGCUUAUUCAGUUCACUGGAUUUCUUUAUUCAUAUAUUGGAUGAAAAUACAAACCAAGAAAUUAAUGUAUUUUUUUAUGAUUGAGGAACUAUACCUUUGAGUUUGCUAAUUGUGAAUGAAUGUUGGAAUUUUUAACUUUUCAGUAUUUAAGACUGGCAGACAUUUUGCAAAUCGUACAAGUACCUUCAUAUAUCUAGUGGCAAAACAAAUCUCAUCUGAUUUACUGUUGUAAGAAGCUGUCAUAUCAGAUUCCUAAAUCCUAUUUUAAAUUGGUACAUAUUUGGAAAUUUAUUGGUAAGGUUGGGUCAGAGUACAGAUGUGUUAAGCCAUCCAUUUCCAAUAGGGAGAAAACUAUUAGAUUAAAAUUAAAUCUUUCCCUUCCCCCAUUAAUCCCAAUAGAAUGAAAAUAUCCUUGUUUGUACUUUUAUAGUGCUGCCUGUAUGCCAAGGUCUUUGAAAGUAACUGAAUUCUGCACAUAUUUAAAUUAUGAAUGAAAGACUUUCUCCAUAUUGCAUAUAGUCAAUAGUUUAUCAGCCUGCUUUAACCUAUGAUUUUGUUUUAUUUACUGGAUAGGUUUAUAAUUUAUUGUACAUGGAUGUUAAUAGCUAUUCAGAGCUUCAUGAAGUGUGUGUGUAGUGCAAAGUAUAAUGUGCCUCCUGAAGCUAAACAUUCCCUAUUUAAUAUUUGUAAAAGUUUUCAUUGUCUGUGCAGUAUAAUCCACUAGGAUAGUUACCCUAGAACUCUUGAGUUAUACAUGUAUUGUCUCAUCAUGGUAUAUUAAUAAAAUUGAUCCUGUAAAA